GUAAGUGACGUCACAUCGAAAACAUUUGAGAAUCCGUUUCAAAACCGAAACAGCGUUUGAAAAAAUAUUCCUAAAUAUUGAAAUAUCUCCUGCCUCCGUUACACACGAAACCUCCAGAGAAAGAGUACGACCUACGGUUUAAGUUGUAUCGCUCAGAUUUGAGAACAAAGCCAACCAGCCGAGCUGCUAAGUGAAGCUAACGCUAAAUAGGAUAACGUAAAUUGGGAGCUAGCUAUUUAGAAACAAUAAAACUUCAUCGCAGUGCCCAGUUUGUUUAAGGAUGGAGAACAAAUACAACCUCAAGAGUCCAGCGGUGAAGAGGCUGAUGAAGGAGGCUGCUGAACUGAGGGAUCCCACAGAGCACUACCAUGCCCAACCACUAGAAGAUAAUCUCUUUGAGUGGCACUUUUCUGUUCGUGGGCCUCCAGACUCAGAUUUCGAUGGUGGGGUUUACCAUGGCAGAAUCAUACUUCCCCCAGAGUACCCCAUGAAACCUCCCAGUAUCAUCCUCCUCACACCAAAUGGAAGAUUCGAAGUUGGGAAGAAGAUUUGUCUUAGCAUUUCUGGCCACCAUCCAGAGACUUGGCAGCCCUCUUGGAGCAUCCGUACUGCCUUAAUAGCUAUAAUUGGAUUCAUGCCAACAAAAGGAGAAGGUGCAAUAGGAUCUCUUGAUUAUACCCCUGAAGAGAGGAGGGCUCUUGCCAAAAAGUCCCAGGAUUUCUGCUGUGAGACAUGUGGCUGUUCCAUGCGUUCUGCCCUCCUGGAUCUAACCCCCAAUAGCAACCCUAGUGCCGAAGAUCACAAAGCUAAAGAACUGGCUCAGCAAAUCAACUUUAAGACAGAGUCCAGUUUAUCCAGACAAGCUAUUCAGACUGGAGGAGGAGAAAGUAAUCCUUCAACACUCACCCAGGGAGACUCCUCCACAUCUGCAAGUGAGGAAACUGACAAAGCCCAGGCUGAACAGGCAGAGGCAUCUACAGCCACAGGAGAAGAGGCGUUCCGGACACCCACCACCUCCACCAGUUCUGGUCAUCCUCUCAGCCCAAGGCAGCGUCGUGCCCAGCAGCAUAGCCAACAGGGCCAAAGGGAGCCAGCAGCCAGCAGAGCAGCUUUCACACCAGCUCACCAACCUCAGGAUGAAAGCCACGCUGGCUCGGCAGUCCUCAUCAUAGUGCUCACUCUGGCUUUGGCUGCACUCAUUUUCCGCAGGAUCUACCUUGCACAUGAGUACAAGUUUGACUAUGAUUUGUGACCAUUUGUGACCUCUAUCCAUCCCUCUUACUUCCACCCCUGCAGAACUCUGAGCAGCUGAAGCAAAACCAGAGCUGAGGCAGUGGCUAAUGCUGGCUUUACCUGCCCUCACUGCCCAUCCACAGAGUGGGAACUUUCUACAGACAGGCCUCUCCACUAAGAGCAAACUUUCAUUCCUCUACUGACCACAACACCUCCAGGGUGUCUUUGAGUCAAUGUGAAUUUUACUCUCCAGUUUUACUUGCCAUUUUUGAGAAUCUGAAGCUUUGUUGUGAUUUGUUCAGCCACACACAGCACAUGUCCCCAUCUGUAUAAAUUGUCUAUCCUAUGGCUGCUGACUGUUCCCAUUAUUUAAUUAACAUUGUAAUACAAUAUGUAAACAACACUGGAAUUGGUGUCUCGUUAAUUAUUUCAUCAAGAAAGAUCUGCACAAAUUGCAUGUGCUAUAAUGACUCAUCAUGUGUUUUAGCUUUCUGAGUGCACAGGGCUCUAUUUUAAUGGUUAAAGGCCAAGAACAAGCACAAAGUGAAUGUGGGUAUGUGUUUUAAUUUGUGUGGGGGAAUUUUGACUGAUCUGAGUUGUAAGAGUAGCAGAAGAUUUCAAAUGAGAGGCUGCAGAUUUAUCACCGUGUCCUGCUGCCUUUGACUACAGAAAUUCAAUGGAGUGAUGCAGAAGUUUUCCAUGCACUUUAAAACAUCAAUAUAUUACAGUUACUACAUACAGUGUUGUGCAGAAGUCUUCAGCAACCUCUUUUUAAAAUUUUGCUUCCAAGGUGCCAGAUUUUCUUGAACAAUCAUUCUCCAGGGUUACUGAAGAACUUUCAAAGUUGUUGUUUAACUAUUAGCCCCUUUUCACUCAUUUUUGCUCCAGCCCUUAUUCCUGACUAUUCUCAGUGGGUUGUUUUGUUUUUUUGGUUGUAUUUUAAAAAAAAAGAGAGAGAGAGAAAUCACCUAAAAGAAAAAACUAGCUACAUCAGAAGAACAGUAUCUGAAAUCUUUAAUAAAUAGGAAAAAAUCCAGGCAAGACCUGACUUGGUACUUGAGAGCUGUAUCUGGCCUUUCAGUUGGGCCAUUUGAUCUGUUUGCUUCAUCAGAAAUUGUGUCUGAGGAAGGGUGUCAGUCAAGAACCCAUUCUUAAGGAAGGGAAGCAGUGAGAAAAGGCUGUCUGCUGGAGUGAUGAAUUCAAAUUUUACAUUUUUGAUUCAAAUCAGUGUCCGUACAUAUAGAUGACAUCAGAAGAGCGGUACAGCGGUGUGUGUCUAGAGCCAUCUAUAAACAUGGAAGAGGCUCUAUCAUGGUCUGGGUCUGCAUUUCAGUCUGUAGUGUUGGGGGUCUCAUAAUUGAGGGAAUUAUCAAUGCAGAAAAGUACCAUCAGAUUUUGACCUAAUAUGCAAUGCCAUCUGGAAAAUCUAACAGAAAACAGCUUAAUUUUUCAGCAUCACAAAGAUCGUGGACGUACUGCCUUGGCAAAAAAAGCAUACCUGGAUAGGAAGACUCACACUGGAACACUCCCCAGAACCAUGGUCCUGGGUCCUGCCCAGCAUUUUGUGAGAGUUUUGUUAUAUCCUAAUUUGUUUUGGUUUUCUAGUUCCCUUUGUCCCUGUCUCCCGUGCAUCUGCGGUCUUGUGUCUGUUUUGUCCUUUUGUUGUGACCCUCACCUCCUGUGUGUUGCGUUGUCGCCUAUGAUUCCCACUGCUGUGUUACUGUCCAGGUCUGUUUUCUUAUAUUUAGUUCUGGCACCUGUUCAUCCCAGUACAGCUGUGUUCUUUUGUCCUACCUCAAUAAACACCCUUCCAGCUCAGUUUUGCCUGUGAGUCCUGCAUUUUGGGGCCUACCUGCUUCUGCCACACAGCGUAACAUGACAGUCUGGACCUCAAUGCUUUUGAAGCAGUUUGGGAUCAGCUUGACAGGGAACUGCACAAACGGCAGUCAACAUCCAAAGAAGAACUGAAGACUACAGGAAACUUUUUUUAUGCAAAAUAUAAAUAAACAAGGGGUGGCUCAAGGCUUUUGCACAAUACUGUAUUGCCACAUUAUUAUUAUAUAUUUAUUAUUUUUCCCAAAAGGAAAAUUUAUUUUUUAUGGCAGCCAAAAAUGAAAGAGAACCUAUAACAAAACAGAUUAAAUAAGUAAAUGUCUAGGUCAAUAAAACCAACAACAUAAGUCAAAUAUGUCAGUAAAAUUCUAAAAAAAAAAAAAAAAAA